GGGCUUUUAAAAAGAAAUUCUGGCUUGUGAGAUUAGCUCCAAUUUACACAGAGAAAAUUAAAAUUUCAGAUGGACUCAUUCAGCCUUUAGCUCUCUCUCUCUCUCUCACCUUUUCCAAAGGGCAAUUUUUGGAGCUUUCUUAGAAUAUUCAUCAAUGUCUGAAGAAAUUGUUUAUGCAAAUCUCAAAUUCCAGGACUCUGAUAAGAAAGAAAAUCUGCAGACAUCUGACAAAUGCGGUGGAAAAGUACCUUCUGCCCCUUCCUAUUCACAGCAUAAAGCAGUCUUGAUUCUAACUGUUCUAUGCCUUCUGCUGCUCAUUGGACUGGGGGUCUUAGGAGGUUUGUUUCAUACAACUUUGCGGACAGAAAUGAUAAAAUCAAAUCAACUACAAAACAUCAGAGAAGAACUUCAAAGUAAUGUUUCUCUACAGCUGAUGCACAAUAUGAACAGCUCCAAAAGAAUCAGGAAACUGUCCGCCAUGCUGCAAAAGACAGCCACCCAGCUGUGUCGUGAACUGUGUAAAAACAAACCAGAACACAAAUGCAAGCCUUGUCCAGAGGGUUCACAAUGGUUUGAGGACAGUUGUUAUUCCAAACUUGGAAAGUCUGAAACAUGGCAAGUGAGUGAAAUGCUCUGUUCUUCUCGAAAUGGCAGCCUGCUGAAGAUUAAGAACAAAAAUGUGCUGGAAUUUAUAAAGUCUAAGAAAUUAAAAGGUUAUUGGCUGGGGUUGACGCCCAGAACAAAGACACCACCUUACGAGGAACUGGAUGAGAACAUGUUCCUCUCUGCGGAAUUUGAAAGAAGCAAUUAUGACUUACGUAAUAUAUACUGUGGAUAUAUAAAUGGAGAUUAUGUUUAUUAUUCAUCCUGCACUUAUAAGAACUAUGUCAUGUGUGUGGAGACAGCCAGGACUGUACAGGUGGAAAGUGUACUGGAUGACCUUCCAGAGGGAAGAAAAUAGCUACUGCAGUUGCUGACUCCAGCUUCUUUCCUGCUCUAAUGGUUUGAAUGAGGAUGGCCCCCAUGGGUUCAUAUUUUGAAUACUUGGGCCCCAGUUGGUGCAACUAUUUGAGAAGGAAGAGAAGGUGUAGCCUUGGUGGAGGUGGUACUUCACUGAUGGCACAUUUUGAUUAUUCCAAAGUCCACCCCACUUCCAGUUAAUUUUUUUCUCUGUUUUGUGUGAAUUGAGAUGUGAUCUUUCAACUACUGCUCAAAGCAUGUCUACC